CGCCCCGCGGACGCCCCGGCCCCGCCGCCCGAGGAGCCCGGCGGCCGCUGCCGGCGCGGGCGCGGUAAGAUGGAGGACGUGUCGCUGGCCGAGCUGGACACCAAGCAGCUGGAGGCGCUCGCCCAGGAGAUCUACGUGGACCUCAUCGAGGACUCGUGCCUGGGCUUCUGCUUCGAGGUGCACCGGGCCGUCAAGUGCGGCUACUUCUACCUGGAGUUCGCGGACGCGGGCGGCGUGAAGGACUUCGGGCUGCCGCCCGUGGAGGACGCGGGCGCCCGCCGCCUGCCGCUGUGCGCCCUCCCCGCCGAGCCGGGCAGCGGCCCCGAGCAGCCGCUGCAGCGCGCGCCCCCGGACUUCCAGUAGCCGCGGCGCGGGGGCCACGGCAGCCGACACGGCCCCGCGGGCGGGACGCAAGGGCCCACAUCGCCGGGCGGGGAGGGGGCCCCCGGGGGACGCGGACAGACGCGGCAGGUGACACGGCCCCGUGCGCGCUGAGCAUCCCAGCCUCUCGAGGCCCCGCGUGCAGGACCCAAGGGCCCGGAUCGCCGGGCGGAGGUGACCCCCGGGGGCCCUGCGGGAGACGGGGACACGGACAGACACAGCAGGUGACACGGCCCCGCGCGCACUGAGCAUCCCAGCCUCUGGAGGUCCCGCAUGCAGGACCCAAGGGCCCGGAUCGCCGGGCGGAGGUGACCCCCGGGGGCCCCGCGGGAGACGGGGACACGGACAGACACAGCAGGUGACACGGCCCCGCGCGCACUGAGCAUCCCAGCCUCUGGAGGCCCCGCAUGCAGGACGCAAGGGCCCGGAUCGCCGUACGGGGGUGACCCCUGGAGGCCCCAAGGGAGACGGGGACACGGACAGAUACAGCAGGUGACACGGCCCCACGCGCUGAGCAUCCCAGCCUCGAGGCUCCGCGUGCAGGACGCAAGGGCCCGGAUCUUUGUGCGGGGGGGACCCCCUAGAGGCCUCACGGGAGACGGCGGGCAGCCCAGUGCAGAGCGCAGACGGGGACAGACGCGCAGACGCAGCAGGUGAUACGGCCCGGCGCGCGCUGAGCAUCCCAGCCUCUCGAGGCCCCGCGUGCAGGACGCAAGGACCAGGAUCGCCGGGCGGAGGUGACCCCCAGAGCAUCCCUGCGAAAGACGGGGACACGCACAGACACAGCCAGUGACACGGCCCGGAGGGGAGCGCAGACGCGGCAGGUGACAGGGCCCCGCAUGCUGAGCGUCCCAGCCUCUGAAGGCCCCGCAUGUAGGACGCAAGGGUUGGGAUCACUCUGCAGGGGUGACCCCCAGAGUCGCCCCGGAGUCCCGGGCGGGAGGAGCCGCGCUGUACCGGGCUGCCUGCCUGGGGCCCCAGGCUCCCCAGAAGACGACGAAGACGACGCGCUGCUGGGGCGCAGCGGGUGCUCAGGUCCCCCAAGCCGCCCUGGGGAGGAGCCCGGCCGGGACUUCUUGCGGCGCUUCCUCCCGGACGCGGGACGUCAGCGGGCGCGAGGUCUGGGCGUUGCCAGCCCCAACACAGGGCAAGCCAAGGAGAAGGACCGCCGCGCGGUCCCGGAGGGGAAGCCUCGCGGCCCCGGCUGUAGGCGGGAGAGGACGUCCACGCUAGCCACGGCCUGGGGUCCCCGCGCCCGCAGCUCCGCGGACGCCGUGGGGACCAGGGCCGAGCGCUUGCCCCCCGUCCGGUGGGCAGCCUGGUGGCCCGGCAGGCCGAGGCUCUGGUCCCGGUGCCUUGGGGAGGUAGCGGGGCCUCUGCAGCGGUGCACGACCCUACCCCCCCACCCCCUCCGCAGGUUCGCGCCCGGAUAUGCGCUGCUGUGCGCGGCCCCCCUGUGCUCACUGAGCCCCUGGCCGCCCAGCCCGCCCGUUCGGGUGUCUGGCCCGGGCAGCCCACCAGGUCCCCACCGGGCUCCUGCGCCCCCGGGGGCGGCCCGCAAUGACCAGUGCCGCAGAGGCUGUGCAGCAGACCGAUUGGACGGCGGGGCCCAGGGUGGCUUCUGCCAGCGGCCCUCCAGGUUGACGGCGUAGUCCCCGGAGCCGGGGGGCAGGAAGGGGUCGCCUGGCCUCCCACUGCAGCAUACCCGGGAUGGGGGGGCAGGGAGGGGUCGCCUAGCCUCCCACUGCAGCAUCCCCGGGCAGCCCAAGCCGUGUGACUGCGAGCAUCUGUCUAGACCCUCACCGCCACCCCUGCCCCUCGGGAGGGGCGGCCCCUUCCAUUCAGUCCCUUUUGGACAUUCCUGACAAGAGCUGCCUUCUUGUGGGCAGUCGGGGUCGGGACAGGCCAGGAUGGGAAACGUGAGCCACGCCUCAAAGCCACCCUCCACUUUGCUCCCUGCUGAGGACUUAGGAAGUGUAGAGGGGCGAGAACCCCAAAGUGAGCGGGAACGGUGCUGCUUUAUUUGAAAUGUUUUCUUACCUCAUUCUGUGCCCCAGCACGGGGCCCAGCCUCAUCCGUCCGGCCCGCCCCGUGUCCCCACUGUCCCCUGCUCCCCUGCCCGUCCAGUGCAGCUGGACCCCAGGUGCUGCCGGCUCCCCUGCUUCCACACCGGCCAGCUGCAGUUCAUCUCUCCAUGCUCCCGCUCCAACCUGCCCAGGUGCCCUCUCAUCGGCUUCUUUCAAGUUUUUCCUUUCUUUUUUUUUUCUCUCCCCUUCCUUGUUCUGGGAGAUCCAGAGAAGAACCUUUCAGGUGGUUUCCUCUGUGGGGAUGAAGAUGGGAGAGACGGUAACGAUUUGUGCAGGAAAGGCAGGGCCCCGCCUAGGCAUCUGCCUGCAGGACUGCCUUGGAUGCCUCCCUGCGGGUCUCCUUUCGGGGGCCCCUGCACCUCCCCCCUUGCACUGGGAUGCUGCCUCUCGGGGCCUAAGCGGAAGAGCAGGGACGCCUAGCGACACGCAGGGGUGGAGCGGGGCCUGGUCUGGUUUGCCAGCCCUUGCUGUGCAGGUACCGUUCCUCAUCCCGGGAGGACCUGCUUGGACCCUGCGGCCGAUGGGUGUCACGCAGAUCCCUCGAGGGAACCGUAGCGAUAGGGCCGCGAGACUGUCGGUCAUUGCGUUCCCCCCAGAGUUGUCCUGGCCGAGGUUGAGGUGUCCUUACCGGUUGGUCUUCAAGAAUUUUGCUGACUUUUUAGGAAGUUAAAGCUCGGCAAGAGUUAAAACGAUUUGGGGUUAUCUGCCCUUGGCUUUGUAGCCAUCUCCUCGCAGGGGGCUGCAGAGGGGCAGAAGGGAAACCAGCUGUGGGUAAGGUGAGGGGGGAGCUCUGACGGAGACCCCUUGUACCCUUGCCCCUUGCCGGUCAGCCUCCUGGUUAGGGAGGGAGAGGUGGAAAGCAAUCCUCAGUAACCGUUGCUUCGCUUUCCCUCCCUCUUGGUCAUGGUUUUCGUUCUCUGCCUUCCCGUUAUUGGGGCAACGGCCUGGGUCCAACAGGAGCCCUGCGGGGACACACGGACCCCUUCCUUUUCUGGGGCAGGAGUGCUCCCGGCCCGUAGUUGACCGUGGUUAGGAACUCUCCCUUUCCCUUCCUGCCUUCCCUCGAACAGCAGAAUUCCUGCCCUUCCUUCCUCCCUCAAUUAAGUAUAUCGAUCACCCUGUAAUUCUAUUACGUAUCCGAGUGUGUGUGUGUGUGUGUGUGUGUGUGUGUGUGUAUGGGGGGGAAGGGGUCCUUUACAGACGUCUGUGGUUCGUGGCUUUUUCUUCCGUACAUUAGUUCCCGCCACCGCAUGUGCAGGGGCCAGUGCCUGGCGUUGUCGCAUGCUGGGGUCAUGGGAAAAGUGUAGUGAGGCUCACCUCUGUCCCUUGUUUUGGAGAUUAUUAUUUUUGCAUAAGUGGUCCAUCCUAUACAGAUCGCUGUGUAUUCCCCUUGCCCCUGUGGCUGCUGGUGUAAAUAAACUGCAUCUCCCCAUUGGUAAACAGUACUAAUAAAAUUUUAAAAAAAUGA